AUGACGUUCAUUAAAGCAAGUGGUACUGAUGAAGCUAAGGAACAUACUCAAUCAAAUUUGUUUUUGCUUGAGAUAAAAUUGGAAAAAUUCAAAUUAGCAUAUUGUGAUGAACUUGAAUUAAAUGAUUUAAUCGAACAACGUAUAUCAACUAUGAUGAAAAUUUUACUUCGAGAAAAACCUGAUAUUAUUCUUUUACAACAAAUUGAAACAUUUCCAUUAACAUUAUAUGAUUAA